AUGGCACUCCAAACAAUCCUGAGUCUUGUCUACUGUCAGUCUUCUCUGGGCCGUGAUGGCCACGACGUCGUAUGCUGCCGGGAUACUGCUGCUACUGACGCUGAGUUGUGUGCAGGCCCAGAACACCUUACAUUCAAACAGUUUUUCCCUCUCGGUUGCGAAUUUUUUUAUCGAUUCAAGCAAGAGACCUCCUUGCGUCUUCAUCAACAACUACUGCGGCAAGGUAGUUCCUGGGACCGGGAUGAAGAAGAAAUGUUGCGGAAAUCUCGUCUGCUACAGAAGCAAAUGUCGCAGACGGACCUGUUGUUAACAGUUACUUAAAUAAAGACGUGUUAUACUUCAAGACUGAAAGCUGCUAUGUACAGAUAGAUGAUGCAAAAUUAUCUGUCUAAUGAUUGAGUAUACUGUAGUAAAUUGCUUUCCAUUAUA